AUGCAGUCAUCCCACUCAGAAACCAGCUCACUGAAGGCUGGACGACGCGUUCUCGGCGAAAAGACCACUAACGCGUCUUUGACUCCUUCUACAAGGAGAAAGCUCGAGCUACAGAAGUCGACAAUAGAUGCAAUUCCAUUUACCAAAUUCAGCGAAUUACGCGAGGACUGUACCACAUCCUCCGAGCCUCACCAUGCCGGACAGAAAAGAACAAUAGACAACGUCAUCGAAGAUGUCGAGAACGAUCAGCCCCGGAAAGUACCUAUGAUGACCUACCAGUCUGAGACUGGUAAGGAUUUCCAAAUAUUUGAUGAGAGUGCACGAUCGGUUUCGCCCCAAAGAGAAAACGUGCCGACUACGGAUAUCACGACAAAACAAGUCUCUAAUGGACUCCAAUCACCACAAAAAGAGGACAUUCCCCUCCAAGCAUUAUCAGAGGAAAGCUCGAAUGGCAAGCUCGCGGAAUCCGCGAGUAGUGUUCCCACAGAGCCUGCUGCACGCAGGAUAUUCAUACAAGAACCCAGGUUAACAUCUUUUAAGAAAGCUGCUUUAGUCAAGAAAAGACUCCAGUCGGCGAUGCAUCGCGUGGGAAAAAAUCCCCUUGACCGCGCUCUUUCUCAAUUCGAAGCGUCUAGUCGCCGUCCCUUUCUCACCACCAUUACCUCCUCGAGUAAUUCAUCCUCUUUCAGAACCGGAACAACAUCUCAAACGUCACCGAAGCAAAAGCGAGUUCUUCUACCCCCGCUCCCAAUUCAGCCCCGCUCGCGUCCUGUACGCUCUUCUGCGCGGGGAUCGAUACCCUCUCCAACAUCAGACCCUGGUGACAACACUUCUCAGGGAGAGAGGGAAGAAGACGAGGAAGAAACUCCUAAAGCACAAGCUGAAACUCGACAAAGACCUUAUGUCGAUGUUGAUGAAAUAAAGGAUGUACAAGGCGGGGAAGAAAACGCACUAGACAAAUUUGUUAAACUGACGCAAUCUUCGACACAGUUAGAUUAA